AUGGUGACAAAGAAGAGAUCAGUGAGUUUUGAGGAUGAUGACAGAAAACGGUGUUGUAGUGCUAUUGCUACAAGAUCUCUUGUGCAGAAAAAGGAAGAUCCUGGCGCUUUCACUAUUCCACGUACAAUCGGGUUGCUACACUUUGCUAAAGCACUAUGUGAUAUUGGUGCAAGCAUAAACCUCAUGCCUCUUUCCAUUUAUAAGAAGUUAGGCUUGGGUGACCCAAAACCUACUACGAUGCGAUUAAUGAUGGUUGAUCGAAUAGUGAACAGGCCUAUUAAUAUACUCCAUGAUGUGCUUGUGAAAGUAAAGUCAUUCAUAUUUUCGAUCGAUUUUAUGAUUCUUCACUGUGAGGUUGAUUUUGAGGUUCCCAUUAUUCUAGGGAGGCCAUUCCUUGACACCGGACGUGCAUUGGUUGAUAUGGAAAAGGGGCAGAUGAUGUUUAGAUUGAACAAUGAAGAAGAAACUUUCCGCAUGUAUAGGUCCAUGAAGCAAAGUGGUGAUCUCCAAACGGUAUCAACUAUAUCUUAUAAGGUUGAGAGUAUAUACGAGGUACAAACUGAAGAGCGACUAGGCGUCGAGGCACUAGCGUAG